CAGGUCCAUCCUUCGCGUUUUCUUGACUUGCUUCACCAUCUACAGUCUUUCUCUUCUGACUCUAGUUCUCUUGUGUUUCUUGCGGAGGUGUGCUGUUGCUCCUUUCCCCUUCCUGUGUUUGUUCUCAACUUUCCUCCGCCAUCAUGUAUGGCGCAGCACGACAUGGGCGACAUGUCCUGAGAACGCUUCGGACCUUUCCUUCUACCUCGAUCUCCUCUACCCGGACGCAUUUCGUUCCUUCAAGUUCGCGGAAUAUUGUCGCCAGACCUCUCGGUGUCAGGCCCUUUUCAUGGACGGUCCAUAGAUGCCAACAAGCCCUCGCUGAAGACCAUGCUCGUGCGGAAGAUUUUGGCGCAGAGGACAUCUCUGCGGUCAACCGAGAGUUCACAAAAUUUUCGGACCUAGGAGAUGCAGACGUUAUUGAUAAGAGGAUCAUCGACACCCUGGUCAACAAGAUGGGCAUCCACACAAUGACAGAAGUCCAAAGAAUGACCAUCAACGAAUGUUUGGAUGGCACAGAUGUCAUUGCCCAAGCACGUACCGGAACUGGCAAGACAUUGGCUUUUCUGAUGCCGAUCGUGCAACGCAUGCUCAGGGAACCCGAAUUCGGUCGUCGACAACCCGCAAUCGGAGACACAAGGGCCCUGAUCAUCUCUCCCACCCGUGAGUUGGCCGAGCAAAUUGGAGAAGAGGCAAAGAAGAUCGUCAGAGGCACGGGCGUCCAAGUACAAUUGGCUGUCGGAGGUACUCAGAAACAAUACCACCUUAAACUUAUGCAACGGCAGGGCUGCCACAUUCUUGUUGGCACUCCAGGAAGAGUGAAGGAUCUGUUGUCCGACCCCUACAAUGGCCUUAGCCUAGAAAACAUCCAGACUUUUGUGUUGGAUGAGGCUGAUCGGCUCCUUGAUAUUGGAUUUGCGGAAGAGAUCAGAGAGAUCCAGAGUUUCAUGCCCAAACAUACCCGCCAACAUCGUCAAACCCUCAUGUUUUCCGCCACCAUGCCACGAACUGUGGUUGGUCUGGUCAGAGAGACCAUGAAGCCGGACUUCAAAUUUGUCAGGACUGUUGACCCAGAUGACGCUGCUACACACGAGUCCGUGCCGCAGCACAUUGUAUUCCUGCCGGGACUGCAGAAUCAGAUCCCAACAUUGACCGAGAUUGCCUGGAACGCUAUGGAGGCUCAUAAGAGAGACCCAGAAAACAACAUGCCUUUCAAAGCAAUCGCCUUUUUCAGGUCGCUAAAUGAGGUCAAAAUAGCAUUCGAAACCAUGAGAAACUUGCGCGACCCAUCGACAAGAGGAGGAAUGUUUGCCCCUCACCCACUCGCUCCCUGCAAGAUCAUUGAGAUGUCAUCCCAAUUAGAUCAGCGGCAAAGAAGUGCAAAUUCGCAAGCAUUCCGGAACGCCGACUGCGCACUGAUGAUCUCGUCGGAUGUCACAGCACGAGGGAUGGACUUCCCCAACGUGUCGCAUGUCAUUCAAGUGGGCGCACCUCAUAGAAGAGAAGACUACGUCCACCGUCUGGGCCGGACUGGCCGUGCGGGCAAACCUGGUCAAGGCUGGCUUCUCCUACAAAACGAUGAGAGGAAUGAUUACAGACAACUCGCCAACAGCAUCCACGCCCACAAUAUUUACGAAGAUACCAGCCUGGACACGGCAAAACUGGACAUGACCCAGCCCACGCAACUGUCACCACAAACCGCCAAGAUUAUGCAAAUGGUGGAGUCAGGCGUCAGGCAAGUUUCCAGGCUUGACAAGGCAAAGGCAUACCAGAGCUUGUUGUCCGUGCUCAACCAGUCUGGCAAUUCCUCGAGACAAGAGAUCGUCAACCAAGUGAACGAGCUUGCGACGUAUGGAUGGGGGCUUGAUUCACCACCUUCCGUGACGAGAAGCUGGGCUGACAAGAUAGGGUUCGGUGGUGUCCAAGGCCUCACUUUCCGAGAGGAGAGUGGACAUGGUGGUUCGUUUGGUGGUGGUGCGAGACCGCGGUCGGGAGGACGCCGUGACAGGUAUGACGAACGCGAUCCCUUCGGACAAGGUGCCUCCGGCUCUGGGAGGGGAACAUUCGGGCAAGACAACUCAUCAUUCAACGACCGUGGUGACCGUGGUCGGGGCAGACCCGGCGGUGAUCGAAGGUUCCGUUAAGAGGUCUUUUGGACUGGAUGACUGACUCAAUGCCCUGAGAGGAGUUGUUGAAGCAACAUUCCUUGCCGGCCAUGAGACCUGACUCUACGGCUCGAAGCGAGUCUGCUUGAGCGCGGAUUCUGGGUGGCUUGCUUCAAGUCCAUCCACUGUUUUACUACAAAGGCACCGAUUGACGGGACUGCGAAGUUAGCUGUCCUUCAGCAUCGGAGACCUGCGGCGUCCUCCCACCACUGGUGCAGCUCCAGCUCUCACGAACCUCAAGCAGAGCGUCAGUUCUUCGUUUUAAGUGGGCCAUUGAUCAUCAUUUGCAUGACGAUGGCACUCUAAUGGAUUUGAAAGAGGCGGUGUUGUACAUAUAGUGAGAAGGGACAACAAUCUUGACGAGGUUCCAUGACCACGGUCGCGCAUCUACUCCGCAUCGUUAUUUUCCGCAUGCUUGAAGCAACUCAUCUCCCGAUAGCCAGCUCGUUGUGGUGAUCGCUACGAAUCACAGCUGGAGUUGGUCUACUCGUCUGGCAAUCAUCAACUUCCCUCACAAGCGCCGGCGCUCUUACGGCCUAUCGACUUCUAUUGUGUGUUUGAGUACAUGGUGCGGUUGAGAUCUUGUACAUAUACAUAGACGGAUGGAUACCCCCUUUCUCUUGUGUGUAUCAUUAUGCGUGUUUAACUUGGUCCUUGUCCAAUCCAACACUACGAACAAGGGCUUGGGUUGGCACUGUUUGGGCGUGCCAUUCCUUUGCAUUUGCAAAAUUCGGCAUGGCGAUAGCUGCCGGAGUUUAAUUAUACGUGGUUUGGCGCCAGGGUGGACGGAAGACGGGAUUUGCGAUAAUCGCCAGUGGUUAUGAUGAAAAUGCAGAGGGGAGAUGAGAGGCGCAGCUGCAUUAGACUCGAAAAUGGAAAGAAUCUCCUCUACAACUCUACAAGAGUUAGAAACCCAUGAAUUUGAAAUAUGGACCGGCCCCCGAUUCGCAUCGUUCCCCCCGUGCGUUUCAAGCAUGUAU